AUGCUGAUACGACAUCGCCCGCUUUCCGGCAUGACCCCCUCACCCUUUGCCUUUCGCCCCCGGGGGCUUCCACUCAAACCUCGAAGAGAAAAGCCAAGAGCAGCAGCCUAA